CUGUAGUUGACAAUUUUGAGGGGACUUUACUCUCCAGCAAAUGACUGAUAAGAAUCCCCUACGUCCCCCCGCCGUACCUGCCUUUGACCUCUGGCUGGCUCUCUUCUGCGGAGUGGUCACCUGCUGUACCUCGUUCAUGAUCUUUACCCCUGCCGUCACUGAAGUCUUCUCGGCUAACUUUCUAAUUCUCGGUUUGGUGAUAUCGAUCAUCACAGCCCAACUCACCGUAGCAGAUGCCAUUGAAUGGAGUUUCAAGACCAUCAUAGCCUCGUGGUACGGCGCAGGUUGGGGGUGUCUAGUAGUGGCCUUCGUAACGGCCGCCAACCACGGCAAUUACAAUCCUUACAUUGGCGUACUGGUUGCCGUUCCCUUCGCGAUCCUGGUAUGUCUGGCUGAGCAGUCCAAUGUGACCUACUGCAAGCUGAGCUCCAUCUAUAGGGGGGAUAAGGCUCUCUUGCUGCUCCUCAUUGUGGUCGUUUUUGGUGGUGAUAGGCCUUAUUGGGUCGCACUCACAGCAGCGCUCGCGUACACGGUAGGAACCUCGAUUCCUUUGAUUGGAACCAUGAUCCUCUGGUCACUCCGGCUUCUACCUCAAAAUGGUCCGCCGCCAAUACCGAUGUUCGCCCACACUAUCGCUGCUUAUUUUCAAGAGACCACAGCGGUUGCUCCUGUUGGCGAGGUGCAGGAGCAAGAGCUGGACUAUUUGUGGACACAAGUUAAUAAGGCGUACAUGGCUGCACUACGUACACCAGAUCUGCACCUGCGUGCUAUUAUCUUUUCUAUGGUGUCAUCCCUGGGCACUGUCAGGCAUUCAUUGAAAUUCGCCGCCUAUAGUGAGUCCGCUGUAGAGUACCUCUGGCAGCCUCUAGACUACACACUGAACAUGAUACGCGUUGAAGUCAUUUGCCGACUACGUGCUGGCUCUGAUGACAGGGUUGUCAAGGCUGACUUGAACGAGUUGUCAAAGCAGUUACGUCAUAGAGUAACGGAAGCUACGGCUAACUACAUGGAGGCACGAGUGGAUGGCCGAGCCAGACCUAUUGCCGAGUCGGAGCUCGCGAGGUUUGGAUUCGCCACUCGGGAGAUUGCCCGGUUCGCUGGACUACUGGGCGAUUUUGUAUUCAGAGUUGAGAACCCGCCGUCAAAAAUCCGAACGGGUUUGGAGUUGGUGCGGUUUAAGGUAAGGGAGUGGAUAAAUCGGCCGUUGUUUGAGCCUUUGAACCCUCCAACGCCAUGGAGAUUCCGACUGGCAUUUCCUAUUCGUUCCGGUUUGGGGGCUUGUAUAGCGGCAUGGAUCAUCUUGGGCAUCGGAGAGGCACUGGAUGAAGUCCAGCAGUAUGGCCUCUGGAUGCUAUUACCAUGUGUUUUCUGCUUCUUGCCGACACCGGGUGCGUCUCUGGUGAAGGGAAGUAGGAGAAUAUUGGGUACUGUUCUGGCUGGGAUAUUAGCGGUUAUAGCGGUCUCCGUACAUCCCUAUAACGAUGCGGCAUUCUUUGUGGAGCUAUUCGUGGUGUCCUUUAUGGGUAAGCUGAUGAAAUGUCAUCCGAAAAUCGACUACUCUGGUUUGGUAUUUGCAUUCACUUGGGCGAUUGUUGGCCUUCUUGCUGGAACUGAUGGUCAUCUUGGCGAGGGAGAUAUGAUUUUACGCUCCUUCUACAGGGCAAUUUUGACGUUGUCUGGUGUCGUACUGGCGACGUUGAUAUCGACCUUAGUGUUCCCAGUAUUCGCCUAUGGUCGACUGACUCGAGCCACGGCACGUAGUUUGCAGAUGAUUGGUGACACUGUGGCUGAGUCGGUGGACAGGAUACAGACGGCGAGCUCAGAAGAUGUGCCACUGCAAGGCUCUGUGGAUAAGCGGGUUAUUAGUAUUGGUGGUGAGCUGAUGAGAAAACACGAUGAGAGAUGGGCUCAGGUUAUGGACGCUAAUGUCGAGACUAAGCUGUUCUCGCUCCUUCGUGGGUACUUUAGGUCAGAGGAACGUCGAGUGAAUGCAUCCCAUAUCAUAGCGGCUCAGCCGUUACUGGAUCGCCUGGCCAGAAGGACCAUGGUGAUAGUUAGUGCGGCGGCCUCUUUCCGGCCCAGUUGGAAGGGUCUUACCCCUGAGCUUGAACGGGCCUUGGGGGACUUGACGCAGUUCGCCAAGGAUAUGAGAACUGCUGCUGAGGAGUUGGCUGCGGUGACGCUGAAGCAUGGGAGUCACCUUGGACUGUGGGAAUCUCGAACGGGUCGAUUCGACGAGGCGGUGGGGUUGCUGGGUAGGAUUGAACGUCUUAUGGGCGAGGCUAGGAUGCAGAUGAGGAAGGCUAGAAGAGAAAUGGGGGGUGGUACAUGUGCGACGGAGGAACGCGACUUGGACGAUCUCUACUCACUGGUGCGGAGUUUGGGAGUUUUUGUAGAGGCAUGGAAGCAUGUCGAGUAUAUGAUGUACUUUGGGUACCUUAGGGGUUCUAUAAAUCCCUUUGAUCUGAAGACUAUGCAGAGCAAGAGCUUCGACGCGGCUCGGCGGAGGUCAACUGGUGGAGUUCCUCGGCUGAGGACACACUCGUUUAACGCUCCCUUCGCUGGACAGAUAUAAACUACGAUAGUCUUAUGUAUUUCUGGCUAUGCGGGAUAAUACACUGUUUGAUUUGUUUAAAAUUUUCGGUAAGAUUG